CCUCGAUCGGAUCGGCACGUCGAUCUAGCCGUCGCUUCUACCCGCACGGUUGGCUGGCUCAUUGUUCUAAAGAAAGGUCUGCUUCGCAUCUCAGCUUGACGAGUGGGAACCUCAGCGCAAGAUGCCACCUGUCAAGUACGAGCUUAUUCACGCGUUCGUCCCGAGCGGGUCGAACCCAUCAUUAUCCGGCAAUCCAGCGGCCGUCCUUCAACUUUCUAGAUCGAAUGACCCGUCGUGCUCACUUGCUUCAGCCAUUCCGACGUCUCAAGGAUCUUUGAAAUCCCUCUUCCCACCCGAUGAGCACCUGCAUAACAUUGCUAAAGAGCUAGACCUGCCUAUGACGUCUUUCGUCAUUCCGCUCAAUGCACCUAACACGUUUGCCCUCCGAUGGUUCUACUCAGGUGGUGAAGCUCCCAUGUGCGGUCAUGGGACCGUCGCGGCGGCUCAUCAACUCCUGAGUCAGGGUACCAAGAGCCCAAUCACACUGCAUACUGUCAAUGCCGUACUACAGGCUGAACAGACAGUCAAUGGGAUCAAGAUCCAAUUACCUGCCGACACCCAAUUCGAUGAUGCCCCUCAGGACACCGAGCAUAUCAUGAAGAAGAUCUUCAACGGUGGAGACGUCAAACCGAGAAAAGUUUCAGUUAUAGGAGCGUACUCGAUGAUAGAGUUGGAUAGCGAGGUGGAUAUGCAGAAUUUAAAGAUUGAUUUCGAGGCGUUGAAACAAGCCAAGACUCCAACUCCCAAUUUAAGAAUCUUCCAGAUCGCUCCGCCGCCCUCCUCUGAGACCGGACCUCACCUCAGGUCCAGAGUAUUCAACUACUAUCCAAGCGGAGAAUUUGCAGAAGACGCUGCGACCGGCUCAGCUCACGCAGCAAUCAUUCCGCUAGUCUUGACUUCCCGACUGAGCGCUCUGAUCUCUUGUCAUCCUGAUUUGAAAUCUCAGGAUCCUGUCAGAGUUCUCAGAAUCAGACAAUGUAGUGAGAGGGGCGGUGAGAUGGUAGCGACUUGGGAUGACGAGGCUGGAGUGGUCAUGCUGGAAGGCAAUGCUAUACACAUCUCGCAAGGGGAGGUCAAUCUGGGAUGAAUGGCGAUCGAAUGGUUGCU